UCAUCUUAAAGCAUUAGCUGCAUUACCCAUAACAGAAAAACUAUGCUAAGAGCCUGGCCCCUCAUUCAUAAAUUUGCAACAGAUUCUGAGUAAGUACUAUAUUGUAGUCCUGAAUGAAACUUACCGAAAUAGAUAGCGCAAGUGCAACAUCCAAAAAGAAGCCAUUCAUGCAUAGUCACAUCCAGAGUACACACAAAAAUCUCCCACCAUGUGAAUGCAGAUCCCUUCCCCUUACUGCCUCGGUUUAUAAAUAUGUUGCCUAUACAAAGUAAAUAAAACUCCUACCAUGUCUGCUACUCCGUGAAUGGCUUAGCGUAGACUGAUCAAAAUGCAGGUGGUUGAGGACAGGAAAUUGGAUGAAGUUGUUGCAGCUUUUCCUGAAACAAAAGAUGCGGAUUCCCUGCUUCGUAUCUAUGAAUCAUUGCUUCUUCGCUAUGAACAGCUCCAUUUCUCAGGUAAAUGUCACAACCCUUCCAUCGUCUACGAACGCACAUCAGGACCAAGCUAAAAGCAUUCAUGCCAGCAGGAUGACCAAAUGAAUGGUUAUUUAACCGUCCAAAUACUUUUUAGGUACUCAGCCAGUUUCAUCUGCAGCAUUGGAUUCAGAUCAACCGGUUGGCCGACCAAGGUUACCACCAACAGAAGCUCCACAUAGUUCUCCUCAAACGGAAUCAGUCCUGAAUCUAUCUCACAAUACCACAAGCCAAACUGGAAGGGUUCCACUUGGAGAGGUAUUUCAACAAGGGCAACAACCAUUUGUGGAAGCACCAAAUGUCGCUAUUCAACAAAUGGAGCCAAACUAUCAUUUACCGCACGGGUUGAAUAUUUUUGAAGGACGAGAUCCAGACUUGUAUAACUAUCCCAUACAAGGAAACUCUAGCUACGCUGGUGGGUGCAUAGAAUUUCUUUAUUUCCUUAAUUUCAUUACAAAACUGUCACCAAAACUAUCAUUCUUACUCCAAAAAUUUCUUUCAGUUCCCCGCCCGAGGUCAUCUGCAAGGUACAUAAUUCAAGGACUAACUGGUCAUGGGCAACCAUCAGCAGAACCUCAAGUUCUUUCUAGUCAACACGGAGGACUAAACAAUCCCUAUCAAUCUCUGCCACAAUCGUUUGAGAGUCCGUAUCUGGGCCAAUUUACCAGUCCCCUUAGUCAAAUCUCACCUGCUGGUGAGUAUGGAGAUGCUUUAUCCAUCUUUGGUUAUAGUUUUAUGGUAUUAGAGAUACCAUUUUGAAACCAAGUUCACAUAUGCAGGGACAAAUUUGGUUCAAGAUUUGGUUUUAUGGGGACCGCCAUCAGAAGAAGCUCGUGUUAGUCCAUCUAAACAGGGGAUGCUAAAUAUACCAGAUACUUCAAUGAAUUCUUUAGCACGACUACCAGGGGUCCAGUGCACCCUAGGACUCAUGCCUCAUAACUUCCCCUCUACUUGGCAGCCAAUGCCAUCUAUAAUACACUACCCAAUUCAUGGAGUAUCUGGUCAAGGACAACCAUCAUUUCAACCUCGAUUUCUUUCCAGUCAACAGGGAGGCCUAGUUAACUCCUUUUCGUACAUGCCCAACUUGUAUGAGAGUUCGUACCUAGGCCAACCAUUAGCAGAACCUCAAGUUCUUUCUAGUCAACACGAAGGACUAAACAAUCCCUAUCAAUCUCUGCCACAAUCGUUUGAGAGUCCGUAUCAGGGCCAAUUUACCAGUCCCCUUGGUCAAAUCUCACCUGCUGGUGAGUAUGGAGAUGCUUUAUCCAUCUUUGGUUAUAGUUUUAUGGUAAUAGAGAUACCAUUUUGAAACCAAGUUCACAUAUGCAGGGACAAAUUUGGUUCAAGAUUUGGUUUUAUGGAGACCACCAUCAGAAGAAGCUCGUGUUAGUUCAUCUAAACAGGGGAUGCUAAAUAUACCAGAUACUUCAAUGAAUUCUUUAGCACGACUACCAGGGGUCCAGUGCACCCUAGGACUCAUGCCUCAUAACUUCCCCUCUACUUGGCAGCCAAUGCCAUCUAUAAUACGCUACCCAAUUCACGGAGUAUCUGGUCAAGGACAACCAUCAUUCCAACCUUGAUUUCUUUCCAGUCAACAGGGAGGCCUAGUUAACUCUUUUUCGUACAUGCCCAACUUGUAUGAGAGUUCGUACCUAGGCCAACAUCUCAAUACCCUUGGGCAGAUUUCACCCUCGGCUGGAACUAAUUUGGUUCAAGAUUUGGUUAUACCAGGACUACAAUCGGCAGAAGUUCAUGUUAGUGCUCCUCAACACAGGAUGCCAAAGAGGUCAGAUAAUUUGAUGAAUACUUCACCAGGACAAAUAGGAGUUCAGUACACCGAAGUCAUGCCUCGAAGCUUCUGCUCUAAUGUUCCAAGAAUUGCUCCAUCAACAAGUUCUGCUGCAGCUGGUGUUCUGGAACGAGAAAUUUCUGAACAGGAGAAGAAUAGGACAGCAGCAAAUGAACUAGCCCGCCUUUCCUUUAUUUGGCGUCCCAAACCUUCAUCUAAUAUGCUCUCCAAAGAACAGACUACUCAAGAAGAAAAUAAAGCCAUAGAAUAUGAAGAGAUUGAGCCGCAAGCUGAGGGAGUUGGAGAUAGUUUAAGCGGACUUCAUUGGAUAGGCGAAGAUACUGCAAACACGGAUAUACAUGCAAGGUUAUCCACCGGGGGAGGACAAGGUGGAUAUCAGGAAAGCUAUAAUGAGGCUCUUGAAGAAUCUCGUGCAUGGAGGGAGAAAAGGGAUAAGUCGCUGCAGGAAGCCUCGCAGAAACGCCCUCCGAGUUAG